AUGGAAGUUCAAGUUAUUCAUUCUCUUGGCAGCGGUGAUGAUGGUGGUAAAGAAGAUUAUAGUGUUGUCGAAGUGUGGGGAGGUGACGAUAAUGGGAGAAGCGUUAUUAAGGGAGAGAUGAAACUUACAGGAAGAAUAACAGGGAUAAAAGUAGUUGGUUAUUCACUAGAGAUUACUCGUAUGGUAACAGCGAUGCUGAAGGUUGUGAAGUCGGUUAUUACGAUGACGGUUGUGGUGGUGGUGGUUCCGCGACCAACACGACUGGUUGACAUUCAACUGUCAAGCGGGGUGGCCACUGCCCCGGCGAUGGCGGUGAUG